GGAGGACUGCCCUGUAUGUGUUUUCCAGUUUUGUCGCCGCCAGGGCGACAUUCUGGCACUGGUUGCUGUUUAUUUGUGUGUAAACGGUAAUGUACUGCAGCCCUACAGGUCACAGAGUUUACUCCGGUCGAACAAAACCGGGGAAUCUUUGAAAAUCUGAAAACCCGCAGCACAGUUUAGUUCCUCCACAAAAAUUCCCCCCAGCCAAUCAAAGCCAAGGCUGCGUGAUGUGGGAAGUAACGUGUGCCACAGGGAGCCAAUCAACGACCCUCAGACAAACGCUGAGGCGGAAGACCCGCCCCCCCUGCGAUCGAACUGCAUCGCAUGUGAAGAAGAAAGAGUAGAAUCACCCGAAUCGGUCCAGACCCACUGCCGAUCUGAGCUCCCGGCUGCAGUCUCCAUAGCAACAUGGACACCGAGCUGUUUAUGGAGUGCGAGGAGGAGGAGCUGGAGCCGUGGCAACAGGUGGACGACAGCGUGGAGGAAGAUGACAUGGAGAUCAUGGACAACUAUGGAGAGCCAGUGGAGGAUCUGUCGUCUUCCCCCCCUACCUCUGUCAGUCGGUCGCCCAGUCCUCCUCCGUCCAGCGCACCUGUCCCAGCAGCGGCACUGGCUCCACCUCCACCUCCUCCGUCCAUCAUAACCACCUCCUCCACGCUCUGCCUCACCACCACGUCCAAGCCGGCCGCCUCGGCCCCGCCCCUCAGGGCUCAGGGUCCGCCCCUCAUCCUGACGCAGACGGCGGGCGGAACGUUUCUCCUCCCGGCGGCUCCGGGGGCCGGCGGCACCCAGCCCAUCAUCCUGACCGCGCAGGGCUUCCAGGUACCCACCAUGAUGAACCCGGGGGCUCCGCUGGUUUUGAACCUGCACCCGGGUCAGACGAUGCAGCCGCUCACUCUGAUCCAGUCGCCCUCUCUGGGCCAGCUGGUCCAGUCCGGGGUGGGCUUGUCCACAGUGGUCUCACAGAAACAGGUAGCACCAGGCCCCUCCCACCCGGGCUCCACCUUCACCAGCGUGCAGCUGCCCACCACCCUGACCAUCCGAAGCGGCGCUCCAGGAUCUGUGAACCUGCAGGUGUCGCGGGUCAGCAGCAGCAGCUCCCUGAAGCUAGCAGCCUCUCCUGCCGCUUUGUGUGCCUCCACGAACGGAGUCCUGAAGGCCACGCCCCUCAGCAGCACCAAAGCUUCUGGCCCCACCCUCUCCGUCGUCUCCACGGCGACAGCCUCUGAACCACCCCGGGUGGUGAUGAGUGUCGAGGAGUUUUACUACGGCAGAUUCGGUGGAGACAUCAGUCUGAGGAAAGCUCCGCCCCCUGGAACCUGCGGCUCCUCCUUCACCUGCAGCAUCUGCUCCUUCAGGGCGGAGAACAACCUGAGGUUGAUGCAGCACUCGCUGAUCCAUUCGGAGCUGGUCGUAGACCGCAAAGACCAGCAGUGCUGCCGCUUCUGUUACCGACUCUUCUCAUCGGUGGCUCAGCUGAAGGACCACCAGGACCAGGUUCACGGCCCCACCCAGUCUUCCUGUCUGUGUCGGAUCUGUGAGUGGGCCUUCGACAACGAGCCGGCCUUCCUCAACCACAUGAAGUCCAACCACAAGCCAGGCGAAAUGCCGUACAUCUGCCAGGUCUGCUCGUUCCGCUCGUCCUUCUACUCGGACGUCCUGCAACACUUUGCCACCUUCCACAAAGAGACGCUGUUCCUGCUCUGUGUCUUCUGCCUGAAAGUGAACAAAAGCCCGACCAACUACCAGCAGCACCUGUACCGCCACAAGCUGAGCCAGGCCUUCCACUGCAACAGGUGUCGCCUUCAGUUCAUCUUCCUCAAGGAGAAGAUGCAGCACAAGGCGGAGAACCAUCGCAGCUUCCGCAGGCCGUCGCAGCUGGACGGGCUGCCGCCGGGGUCCAAGGUGACAAUCAGGACCUACGGGAAGCUCAAACCUGCAGCGGCAUCAAACUCCAUUUUCCAGCCUAACAAGAUCAAGACGGAGCAGCUAAAGUCUCCGAUCCAGAAGAACCCCACGCUGUUCAAAGCUCCUAAAUCUCCGACCAGGAGAGUUCCGGGCCGCAGGAACCACUGCAGGCUGUCCUCAGAGGACCGGUUGCUGUGCUUGGAGUGCAGAACCGACGCGUCGGACCUGACUGCUCACUACCCGACCUACGUCCACUGCCUGCUAUGUCCCUACAGCAGCUGCUGCUCCCGGGCCUACGCCACCCACAUGAUCAGCCACCAUGUUCGCGGCUCCAAGGAUAAGGUGCUCCCCGUGCAGAAGGCCCCUCCCCCCUGCGCCUUCCAGCUGCGCUGUGCAGAAUGCGACUUCCAUCCUCGCUCCGCUGAUCAGAUGGCCGAACAUUUGCUGAGGAACCCGGAGCACGAUGGCGCCAUCUGCUGCUCCCGCAAUUAUGUUGAGCCGGACAUCCAGUUGUGCCUCAGUGCACAGCAGAGAGCUUCAGAGGAACCAAACCAGAACCAGGACUUGCCAGAACCAUUCUGGAAGCUGGCAGAUAGUUGGAAACCUGCAGAUGAGAGCUACAGGACCCCUAUCCUGCCCUUCACUCACCCCUGUGGACCGAACCAGUACCUGUCUAAGAACUGUGAUGCCAUCGACUUCUUCAACCUGCUCUUCCCAUUUGAGCUCAUCGAGCUAAUAACCAAGGAGACCAACGCCUACGCCAGGGCCUGCCGUGUCUUAGGUUUCUCCCCACCAGACUGGGAGCCUGUCACCACCCACGAGAUCAAAGGAUUCAUUGGUCUUGUGAUUUUGAUUGGGAUCCAUAACCUGCCUGACCUGUCCCACUACUGGUCCUUCAAUCACUUCGACAACAGCUACACCUUCUACCGGGCCAUGAGCAUCAAACGCUUCCAGCAGAUCGCCGCCCACAUCCGGAUGGGGAGCUUCAUCAAGGAGGUCCAGGGAUCUGGCCCCUCCAGCGACCCGCUGCAUGUCUUCAGGCCCAUGCUGAGCAUCUUAAGCGGCGCCAUGUGGGAUGCCUACAAGCCGAACUGCUGCCUGGCCAUAGACCGCGCUCUGCUGCCCAGUCUGGAGGAUGAGGAAUGCUCCAGCACCCAGGGGAACCAAAGCCAGCCUCAGGUGUGGCUGCUCUGUGAUUCCAAGUCAGGCUACUGUCACCGCUUCCUGAUCCAGAUCGGGGAGAAGUCAGGCCAGGACCUGGGCUUCAGUGUAGUACCGGAGCUGGCUAAGGACUUGAACGACAAGCAUCACCAGCUCUUUCUGGCCAACUCCCUCAUAUCCAUCCCACUCAUGCAGAAGCUGCUGGAUCAGAACAUCUAUGUCUGCAGCUCAUUUCCUCCACCAAACCCGAUCCUGCCCAGAGAGCUGUGGAAGGACGGUGAGCUGGAGAAACCCGGAGACUUCCUACAGAGGCGGUGUGGCCCUUUUCUAGCUACCCGCUGGAGGGACACCAAAGAAAUGGGCUGCCUUUCAACAAAUGCAGCGGCAGGUCAGGCAGAUGCCGUUUGGAGGAGAUCCCCCACCAAGGCGGGGGCGCUGGUCACCAUCGACCGCCCCAUGGCCUUCCGCCUCUUGCAGGAAAACAUGCGAGGGGUUGAUAUUUGCAAGCAGCUGCUGGCGUGCAACCCGCUGGGAGGGAUCCCCCAGGACCGCCACUGGCGCAACCUGUUCUGGUUUCUUGUCAACCUGAGCAUCGUCAACGCCUUCAUCGUGCUGCGCGAGACACGCAAAGAAAACCCGCCAGCCUGGGUGCAGGACGGCCUGUUCAGCCAGGUCAACUUCCGCAAGCGCUUGGGCAACCAGCUUGCCAAGUGCGCCCAGAAGUACUUUGAGACCCUGGAGAUGUCCAGCCCCCAAGGAGGGAAGAGCGAUGGUCCACAGGAACCAGUCAAACAGCGUCACAGAAUGGUGAAGAUCAGCAGCAUCUCCAAGAGGUGCAAGAACUGCAACAUGAAGAACCUUCGCCAUGAGAGCGUAUACGGCUGCGUCAUCUGCAAAGCCAACCUUUGCAAACAACCCAGCUGCUUCUGGGAGUUCCAUGGCCUGUCGCCUCUCAACAAAGGAUCAACAAAGCUUGGAUUCCUCAAGGACAGGGUCAGCGGAGUGAUCGACGUUGACGAGGUCAAAGAUAAUGUAGAUGAGACCAUGGGCCCGGUUGAGGACCUGGACUUCUCUGAUGAUGAGAAACUGGACGAUUCUGAGGACGACAGAGAGGCGGGAACACAAAGAAAGGACCUGUCAAGUGAAGGUCCGUGGUCUCAGCCGCCACCAGAGAUGAACAGACAAAUUCAGCCAGAACCGCCAUUAUCGGGGCCUGUGAAGCAAGAUGAUUCCCUUUCGGUCCGUCAGCUCAGGAUCAUCCUGUUUGCGCUCUGUGAAGGUCUGCGGCAGGCAUCUAGAGUUUUCUCAACCGACCCACAACAUAUCCGGUCUUGGCUAAAGGAGGCCAGGAAGCGUUUGAAGCAGGCAGAGCUGGACGAGAAGCUUAAUGCUGACGGCGCCGAGCGUAUGGUGGCCUGGGCACUGUCCAUGCGAGAGCAGCAGCUUCAAAUCACUGAGAGCAACCUGUUCAACAAAGCCUCAAUCCUUAAGAAGAAGAGGGUGUUCAGUGACUCCUUCCGCAUCUCUUAUGACUGGGCUGUGAGCUUCAUGCUGCGACACCGGCUUGGUGUAUGCAGGGUCGGCAGGGCCGCUUCUCUAGCCCGCGUUUCACCGCCUUCCCUGGAGCUCAAGGUCCGGUCUUUCAUGGAGUUCACUCAGAAGGUGGUCCGGGUUAACCAGCUGACGGAGCGCUCAGUGGCUGCGAUGGACGAACUAAGUCUCUUUGUGGACUUACGGUUAGUUCAGGACAAAUCCAGAUGGUCUGAGGCCCUGCAGCUCUCUGGCUCCACACCUCUGGUGACAGUUUACCUGACGAUUCUGGCCGACGGCACCAUCCUGCCGGCGCUGGUUCUGCCCAGCAAGCAGAUUAAGGAGAAAGUCCUGCCUGACUUUAUCCUGCUGGAGGCCGGUCCAAAUGGUCUGACCGUAGAGGAGGCCUUGGAUCUCUGGAACACCAAAGUUUGGCUGCGACAUCUGUCCAAUUCAAGUCACCCCAGAAAGUCCCUGCUGGUCCUGGACCGGCACCGGGAACACCUAGGAGACCAGUUUCUGACCUCCCUCAGCACGUCCCAGACUCUCCCGGCAGUGAUACCUGCAGGCUGCUCCUUCUGUCUGCAGCCUCUAGAUGUUUGCCUGAAGCCAGUCCUGCAGCGCUUCUUACUGUCCCGCUGGUUAGACUAUACUGCCAGAAAUCCUCCAGAACUGGAAGAUACACCUUCUCACAAGCUUCAGGAAACCAUGACUCAGCUGCUGCUGGACUGGCUGCUUGAAGCCCUAACACGCCUUCAGGAACUACAAGAGCUCUGGAGGACAUCUUUUAUCCUGACAAGCACCCUGCAGGCGUUAUCUGGGGACGAAGCCGGUCAGAACCCAGAGGACAGACAGACAGAACUCUUUAGAAUCCUGACUGAGAUCCUACUGGGACCUGAAGAAAAAGAGACAGAUCUAUUAGAACUUCAGGAGCUGGAGGACAGAGAUGACAAGAUGGAGGUUGAAGAAUCAGGGAAGGAAACAAAGGACGGGCAAGAGACUGAGGGUAAAGAGGUAGAAAUGAUGGAGACGGAGGACAAUGGAGAGAAGACAGAGAAGGAAGAGAAGGCAACAAACUGUGAGGACACAAGGGAGGAGGAAAAGACAGCAAAUGGGGACAGGGAAGACACGGAAAAGGAGACGGUAAAAGAGAACACUACAGACGAUAUGGAAGAAGAAGAAAGACCCAAAGACGGUAUGGGGACAGAAAAAGAGGCAGACCAAGAGAACAAAGACAUCGAGACUAAAGACAAGGAAGAAAGUCCUACCCCAGAGGAGGACAGUGAGGAGGAGGGAAAGACGAAGGAGGAGGACACGAAGGAGGCGAGCAAAGAAAGACGGGAGACCAGGAUCGUGAUCGGAGAGGAGGUCGGGGAUGAGUGGAAGAUCACAAUGAAGACCCGGUGUGAAGGUGCCAGAGCCGAGGAAGAGGACAGCUGAGUGGAUCCACUUCUGCUGGGACAUUUGGACCUGCUGUACUGAGGCUAAAGAACUCCACCUUCUGUUCCUACGGUGGACUCAGAGUUCUGAACCACAACCAUGGCGGAUUACUGGGCUUUCUCUAAAACUGUUGUAACUUGAUCUUAAUCCAGUGGCCGGCAGAGGAAAUGCAUCUGCCUUCUGGUCGGUUGGACUUUUAAUAAUAAACUUGUAUUUAAAAAAAAAAUCAUGUCUUUCUAUACCUGAUGACGUCACAGCCCUGCUUCCAUGCCAGCCAAUCAGGGUCCAGUUUCUAAUGCCACGAAGCCGGGUUUUUUAGCAUUGGUCUGCAAUGAAAGGUUGAUGAUGAUAAUGUGUUCCUUCCCUGAUGUUUACAGUCUAAGAUGCUCUUAGACGGGUCCUCACACUGUGGGUCUAAGGGUGGGGGGGGGGUGCGGGGGUCAGUGGGUGAAAGAGUUUUCGUCUGUGUUACAGAGGAUAAGAUGAAUCCUCUUCUUUGCCUUUAGCAGGAUGAAGAGCGUUCCUACAACAGGAAGUGCUCUCAGUUUUCCUCUUUUGUCAUAGUGAAUUUUCGAAGCUGAUUGGCUGGUUGGUUUAGCUUUACAGGCAGAUGGUCCUGAUAAUACAUAGACAUUUGUUUUUUAAUUGUAACAUGUUUGUGAGUCCUGCUGCUGUGCAGAAACCUUCAUAUGAUGUUCCUUUAGAAAUAAAACAAGUGUUUUCAGAAA